GCUCGUACGCCCGCGUAAAAAUAAAGUCCACGGCGCUCGUGUACUCCAAACAUUUAUAAUUAUCAGUAAAUCGCCGCGAGAGCACACGACUGGCACGGCCAGUGACCGCUCGCUGAAAAGAAAAACCGCGAUCUGUCUACCCGAGCCCUUCAGCCCGCAUACCACGAAAUCCCUAGGCGACGCAACUAACCCGUCAAAAUCGCGACUCCUACGCAGACACCGGUGUCGCAGGCGCGAACCGCGUUUGAUUGGACGCCGCGUGUGAUUGUGUGAUAACGUUGUGACAGUGAUAACGAUUACAAUCCGUAUUUAAAUAUGCCUGAAAAACCUAAACGACGUAAGCCAAAUAAAAAUCAACGCAAUAGAAAUAAAAAUAAACAAGAUCAAAAUAAAAAUGACAAUGUAGAAAGCGUUUUGAGCUCUGAAUCAUGUAGUGCUGAUGUUUAUGAAAACAAACAAAUUUGUACAACAGUUAAUGAAACCAAACAAACUUGUACAACAGUUAAUGAAACCAAACCUGAAAUUUCAAUACCUUUAAUUGACAAGACGACAAUACAAGAUGAAAAAACAUCUAAAAACACUUCCGACAAUGAGUUAAGCACGAAUCAAGAUUUGAAUAGCAAUAGUACUGAAUUGCCGGACUUAAACUCUGUCGACAGCACGCACCUCAAUGUUGAACAAUUGGUGGACAGUGUUACUAAUAACCCGCAAUACGUCGUGGAAUCUCCUGAGCAUUCACUUAAAGGCAAACCCAAAUUAAACUCAAAUGUAAAAAGCAAGAGCUUGGAUAAUGAGGAGGAUACAAAAAUUGUUGAGAUAACGGAAGAAUGUGGCCUACAGUCUGAUGAUGAAAGCACACCACAUUUAAUUGAUAGCAGUAGUGUUUUAGUAUCUGAUGUUGAGUCUGAUAUAGAAUGGGAAAAGACAGAUGAUUUAGAAGGCUCGAUUGUUCCACGUGAAUUAAGUAAACCUUUAAGAAUUUGUGAUAUUCCUAUUACAUUUACACAAAGCGAACAAAGCAGGACGUUGACACCUGAAGAAGAAGAAUCUUUGCGUAACUGUUUACAAAACCUUCCACUGACUAAUUCAACUUAUGAUUCAUCUGAAGUUAUUGUUCAAACCGUGCAAGUUGUCAAUCAUGGAGUUAAGCAUAGACUUCGCAAAAAAGCAUCUGCUGAUGACUUUAUCUUUAAUAGACUGGGUCCUCCAAGAACCCUAGAUGUUAUUGAUGAAGAAGGUAGUGGUGAAUCGUCAAAAAGCUCAAGGCGCCAAUCAUAUUUAAGCGAAAGAAAAAAUUACAAUGACGAUUUAGACGAUGAUGUAUUUGAAGAUAAGACAAAAACGAAUAAGUUUGUUACUAAAAUGAAUCACAAUAAGUUUGGAAGGCAAAUUCAACAACAAUGCAUGCUUCUUGAUACCAAGUUAAAAGAACCGGAAAUCAGUGAAGCACGAGGAGACUGGUCAGUGUCAAAUGUGGAAAAAAUGACUGGAGCUGAAAUUGUAUAUUUAACGGAUACGUCGAGUAGCACAAGUUCAAUUUAUGAUAAUAGUGAAGACGGAGAUGACGGAGUUGAGACAGAUGCUUCAGUCAGAAUGAUUACGCCAACAAUUGAAGUAACUGAUACCGAGACCUUGCUUAAGGAAACAUUUGCUGCAAGUCAAGCAGCAUCCACACAAAACAUCCCUCGAGUAAUUGAAAUACCAACAGAAAUCAAACAAGGAGACGACAAUCAGUCAGUUCUUAACUCUCAUGAAAUAGUAGUAUUAUCCACUGAUGAGAUAAAGACCAAUUUGACUGUCAAAGACGUUGAGUCUGAUAAUAAUGUAAAUACAACGUGUAAUACGAAUAAUACGAAUAUCAGUAGCAAUUCACAAUCACAAAAGUCAAAUAACGGAUACCACCUAGAAAUGAAAGUUUUAAAAUGCGAAUUAAAUGAUGCUAUAAAUAAUUUAAUAAAAGAAGUUUCGUCCGAUUCUGAAUCCUCCGAAAAAAAUGGAAAAGAAAUGCUAAAUAGACAAGAUUCUUCUAGCAGUGUUGGUUCCUCCCAAUGCACGGCCAAAUACAACCCCACUUAUUCAUCCCUUAACGAUGUCUCUAACAUUAUGCACGAUGAUAUGAGCGAACUCCCCGUUAAUAUUCAACACAUAAUUGAAAAUAGUAGUACAAGUCAUGUAAAUGAUGUAUUUGAAUGUGUUACAGGGACCGCCUCACAAAAUAAAAGAGGAACUUUAGACGAGCCAUCCACAUUAAAAGAUCUAUGUGUUCAAAAAGUCGCAGCAUUUCCUUAUGGUGAUAAAAUACUAGAAGAAUUGGCAUCAGUAUCAAAACGACUCCAAAAUAUAACAAUUUAUAGUCAGAACUCUAACAGUGAAACCAAAACGACUGCUAUUGGAUCACAAAGAAAUCCACAGUUUCAAUCUAAAGAAAAUAUGCCUUAUUAUCCUUUGCCUGACGUUUCAUCUAUUGAAAAGGUAACAUUAUCUUCUAAAGAUAAUGGCCAUAAUCCACCUCCAGUGCAACCUCGUAAUUCUUCUUUGAAAUUAUCUCAAGAUGAAAAUCAUUGGGUAGGGGUGCCAACAGAAACGGAACCGGUUUAUGUUUGCUUAUCACCAUCCCAAAAAAUGUUAAUGGAAAAAACAAACACAGUUAUAACUAAGGAAGAUGCUAGUCAACUUGUUGAUAUGCAUAAAAAGUAUGUUGAUAGAAGAGGUUAUAACGAAUAUUACGACAAAGAGCUUAGAAAAGAAAACCGGCAACCAGAUAACGCUCCUGUAGUGCCAUUCAAAUCCCAAACUGGGUCUCGGUUACUGGCGUUGAUACGUGACCCAGCUGUCACUGAUAAUAUCAAUUCUAUGAAAUCAAAGAAUCAACUAAAAAUAUUAGACCAAAUAGAAAGUAUUGACAAAAAAUCUGAAGACAUGUUUAAAAAGCAAGAGAUUUACAAUUCGGCUAGAAAUUUUACAAGCAAUUUAAAACCUGUUCCUCCGCCUAGAACUCGUAAAUUUUCAUCAUCAAUAUAUGAAAGCGACGAAAGUUCUGAUUUUACAGAUAGUUCAUUUCGCUCUAUUAAAAAUGAGAGAAAAUCAUUUCACUACUCAACUGGUAAUUUAAGUAAAGAAAUUGAAAAUGAUAUAUCUUCAAUUCAAAAUAUGCAUCGAUAUUACACAGACUUUAGAGAUCAGUUCAAAGACCAAAGUGCUCCAAGAAGACCGUCUUUGCCCAAAGAUUUGUGUGACCAGCAAAUGGAAUAUAUACGACAAAAAGAAAAAGAAGUUGAAGCUGAAAUACGUCGACUUGAAAAUGAAAAGCUUAGUUUCCCUGUACAGCUGAAACGCGGGCCCAGGGCUCCGCUUAUAUCAGAAGCCGAAGUCUAUAACGAACAAAUUACUCGUACUAGUAGUCACAGCAUGCUUCUUAAAAAAGAUUCAGAGUUAAAACUGUCUGCUCUUAAAUCAUCAAAAGUACCAGAAAAACCAGAUAAAGGAAAGUUGUCUGUUUUCAGCAGUAGUCAAGAAGAACUAUUACGUGAGAAAAUGUAUUCAGAAUAUGUCAAUCAAAUGGCAGAACGCGAAGAAAGAAGGCAACAAAAAGUAAUUAAAAUAACCAAUAAUAGUAAACCUGUGGCGUCUACCUCGGAAAACCCUUUUUCUAAAAGUAUGCCAGCCUUAGAUUUUCUUGAUUCUAAAGUAAAUAAUAGAAUCGAAAAAGAAUUUAUUUGGAAAGCAAGAGAAAGGUGGAACAAAUUAGGUAUCAAAGAUCCCGAGACAGAGGAUGAGAGGGAUGAGAAUAAUAAAGAUGUUUAUAAAGAACCAAAAGUAUUUGAGCACAAAAUUAAAGUUAUAGAAGGAGGUGAAGAAAAAGAUGUCAAGAAGUUACCUAGCCAUCUGCAAGACUUCGUUCGUUUCACUGUUAAGGACACCGAUCAGGGAAAAAGCAGUCCGGAGACCGUCAUGAUCGCACCGCGGUUUAAAGCGCGCUCCACAUCGCCAGCGGUGUGGAGGCCAGGCGCGCCGACGCCCGCGCCCGCGCCGGUAGCGCGCUCGCCGGGCGCGCCGCCGCCGCCGCCGCCGCCGCCGCCGGUGUGGACCCCGGGCAGCGCGGGCGCUUCGCCCCAGACGCCGAGGAAGUCCUUCAGGCCUGUGCACUUUGAGGAGACCCCGCCUACUCGUAGGAAGUUUGGGAGUUCGGAGCAGAACGGCUGCACGAGCGGGUCGGAGGGCGAGGGACGCCUGCGGACCAGCCACAGCGCACCGGCCACCGGCCUCAACUCCUUGGGGAACUCCUCUAGCCGUCUUCCUCGUGCGCAGAACCCCACCGUCACUCUUCUGCAGAAAGCUAGAGAGGGGCAGUUACCGCGAGGUUCCAGCUACCUGCAACAGGAAAGAGAUAGCGCGCGUUUGCCGCGUGACAGAGUAUCUCCACCAAAAAGCGAUCCCAUUCACGCUUUACGCAGAGAGUACGCAAGUGAGGGAGAGGCGGACAGGAGCGACUACGAACGCGGAGGGCCACGUAAAAUGGCACAUGCUCAUGAAAAAGUUGAAGGAAUCGGACCCACGACCAAAGACGGCAUGCCAGUAGCUCUGAGAUCUGAAGUCAAAGACCAGUCAAAAUGGUACAAGAAAAUGUACGACACCAUACACAAAAACAAAUACGACGACGAUUUUGUGACUAUUCGGUACAAAAGCCGCCGAGGUCAACAACCACAGAGGGUUACAACCAACAAGUCCCAGUAUGCGUACUUCGAUCCCCGCUCCGGCUACCUGAGUGAGCCGGAAGGGGGCCUGAGCCGACUGGGCUCCAGCACGUGGAGCGAUGCAUACGACAGUGAUGUCACUAACAGCCCUCGGAGAAGGACCACCUCUGUUCAGGAAGAGAGACGCCAUGAAGAAAUUAUUUCGCCAUAUCUACCUAGUAAUAAGUAUAGUACCUUAGCAUCAGCAAGAGCUAGUCAAGAAGUGUACAAAAAUCAGCCCGGCAAAAUAGAGAACUAUGUCCCCGGCAGAUCUUCAGUUGUAGACAAAGAAGCUAAACAGUGGUGGGACGAGGUCAUGGACAUUUUUGAUGGGUGGCUAGACGACAACUCACCCCUGCCCCCUUACACCACAUUGCUCGCUCGCGCGAUUCAGAAGAGCCAAAUAUCAGCACAGAGCACGACAUCGCUUCCACAAGCGUCGCCGAAAGAGAAGAAAGAUAUUACGUCAGCUAUUUUAUCCAAAUCUAAUAUGGCGCGAGCCCUAAAAGAGUCAGGCUACGAGUCCGACUCGACGCUAGUGUUCCGCCGGCGCGACGACACGGAAGGCCCGCUGUCCCCCGCCGAGCGGCGCGCGGCCUACAGAGACCUGCAGGCCGGAGGCGAGCCCCCGCUUAGAGGGUUCCGGUCGCCCGCUCCUCCCAGGACAGAAACCGACUCCGCUCCGGAACCACCGCGGCGUGCACCAAACGGAACCCACUCCGAUACCGAGUCCCCGCGGCGCUACGUAGAGAGCGACGUGAACAUCCACUACAGAUGUCCCGUACGACACGACCCGCUGCCGCUGGUGCCCGAGCGGGAGCUCGCGCGUCAGCAGGCCGAGCACAUGAAGCGGCUGUACAGGGAGCAGAGGCGGCACAAGUACCUGCAGGAGAAUGAUAUACAACCUCACGACAUUGAAAUGUUUGAUGGCGCCAUAAAGGAACUGCAAGACAUGCAAAACAGGCGUCAUCAAGACAACUUCACACCAUCACAAAAGAGCGUUGUCCCGCUCAACCGGUACGAUGAGGCGGAGAGAAUCGUCGCACGCGCCAUAUACGCCUUCAACGGCCAGACGCAGAGGGAACUGAGCUUUAGGAAAGGGGACCUCAUACAUGUGAGGAGGCAGAUUGAUGCUAAUUGGUAUGAGGGCGAGCUGCACGGGAGGAUAGGACUGUUCCCCUAUAAUUAUGUUGAGAUAAUAAAAGGCGACGUGGCACAACCACCAAAGAAGCCCGUCGCCCACGAGGGCAAAGCCCGUGCGAAGUUCGACUUCACCGCCCAGACCAACCUGGAACUCCCGCUGAAGAAGGGUGAAGUGGUCGUGCUGACGCGACGCAUCGACCACAACUGGUGGGAGGGCCGCAACGGCAACAAGACCGGCAUCUUCCCUGACAGCUACGUCACCAUACUGCAGGAGCCUAGUCAGAAUAAGCCUGAAAUCCACUCGAUCGCGCCGUCGGAUAAGCCCGUAGCGUCUCCCGCGGCGCACGGCCUCCUGAACGGCUCGGCCAAGCGCAGCAUGGGCGCGCACAGCUACAUGCCGACACCAAACAACCCCAACCUCGCCAACGCGCCGCCUUCCACGCAACCGCUGCCAGGGUACACGACAAAAACAGCGCAACCAGCCAUGACCCCAUCGGAACGCGGGUACGGGCCACCCACUGGUGCGGGAGUGGACCUCAACAACACCGAACCGCUUUUUGUUGACACCAAUGCUGAAGCUGUGCCGUACCGAGCGAUGUACAAAUACCGCCCCCAGAAUCCGGACGAGCUGGAGUUAAAUGAGGGAGACACAGUAUACGUGUUAGAGAAGUGCGACGACGGCUGGUAUGUCGGCUCCUCGCAGCGCACAGGCCGCUUCGGCACCUUCCCAGGCAACUACGUGGAGCGCAUCUGAUAGCGGCCGACGCUGCUGCGGCGCCUGCGCAGCGCCACGCUGUGCGCGCGCCGCCCCCGCCACCGCUGACACCAUCCAUUACUACCAUUAUAACUUACAUUACAUGUAAU